AUGCAGGAGUAUUGUAAAAGCAUUACAUCUAAAAUCGAUUCCCUAACUAUUUUCAUUAGUUCUGAACUAAAGUCAGUUAAGGUGGAGAUGCUGGAAAUGAGAAGCUCUUUGGACUUCAUGAAUUCCAAAUACGAAUUGUUGAUCAAAGACUACAAAGAAACUAAACAGGCGAUGUUUGAUUUCCAAAAAGAAAACAGUGCUCUAAAGACCAAUAUUAGGGACCACAAUGCGCGAAUUAAUACCCUUGAACAGAACGCACGAGCUAUGAAUGUAGAAAUUCAGUGCAUCCCUGAGAAGAAAAAUGAAAACUUAUUGCAAGUGGUAACUCAAUUGGGUACUGUACUCAAGUGUAAUGUUAAAAGCGAAGAUAUUGUCAACUGUUCACGUACCUAG